UCUUCCUAUGUUUUCUUGAUUGUGACUUUGUGAUGGACACCAACAGUUUUCCUCUUCACAUACACUGUCAGAGUGCAAAGAACCAAAAGCCCUUGAUUUCGUCCCCACGUGAUGCCUUUGAAAUAUCACCAAAACUUUUGACUUUUGUGCAGUCUCCGCGUGAAGCGUCCCCCAAAAUAAAUGCAACUUCUUUAUUUUCAAAACUAUCUUCUUCUUCUUUAUUUUCAAAAUAAUUCCCCUGAGAGAAAACCGGUUCCACUGUCUGCUUUCUCUGGAAAAAUUUUGUUCCGCAGCCUGGCGGAUAAUCUCGAACGGCAGAGACAAUUCUCCUUGGCGGAUAACGGUGUCGGCGGUAUUGUGUAUUACUGCGAGAGGACGAGAUCACGGUUGAACGACGAGACCACGGGGGAAGAACACCACCACGCUGCUGCCUGCUAUGGUUCAGUGGGUUGCUGUGGCGAGUCCACGGUGGAGGAAGGCGCGAAAAUCGCGGGUUCAGUCUCAGAUUUGCAGCAGUCAGCGAAGGACUACGAAUCAAUCGCGAUGUUGCAGGUCUUCAAUUUUCUGUGCAGGUUUGAUCUUUGCAGCCAGAAACCCCGAUUUGUCCGAGGGCCUAAUGGGACUGUAAAAACUUUCUGAAUUGGAUAAUUGUUGGAUGAAUUUGUAUGAUAAAAUGGUUUAUUUUCAGAAAGAAUUUUGUUCUCUGUCGAAUUAAAUGGUGUAGGGGAAUAAAGUUCAAAUUGUUGGGUUAAUUCAGGCCUAGGUUCAAAUGGGUUGUAGGAUGGGAUUUCGAACGAUUGGGUAUUUUUGUGAGUUUUGGAUUCUACAGGAAAAUUCUCAGAUGACGAUUUCGAACUUUCGAUCAAAAUCGGUUCAAUAUUCUCCUUGGUCACCAA